GAUUUUAAAAAGAUCCAACUUUUUCAUCAUCUUCUUCUUCUUCUAUUUCUCCGUGUAUUUUCAGCGUUUUGUAUCAACAAAAACGGCACGAAGUUUCUUUUCUUCUCUUCCCCAUUUUUGUGCUGUUAACAGAACCAAUCUCUCUGUUUUUUCCAUACUCUGUUUUUUCUUCCCUCUCUCUGUUUCUGUUUUCAGAGGAAGGAGAAGAGAAAACUAAAGAAACUUGUGCAAUACUUUUCCUUGAAGAAAAUUUAAAGAUUAUAUUCGAAGAAGCUUUUAUACAAACCACACAAAUCUCCACUUCACCAAUAUGAUUUCUUGAUUCAUCUCAUAUUAUUUUCUUCUUCAAUCUGAUCGCAAGAACAUUGUGAAAAAAAAGAGUCAACGAAAGGGCCAAAUUUUUUUGAGUAAUGAGUUUCUAAAGGUGAAGAAAGAAUUUGUGAGGGUUUAUUAUAAAUUAGUUUGAGGAGAUGGCGACAUUAGCAGAUAUUGGACUAGCAGCAGCGAUUAAUAUUCUAAGUGCAUUGAUAUUUCUAUUGCUAUUUGCAAUCUUGAGGAUUCAACCAUUCAAUGAUAGGGUUUAUUUCCCUAAAUGGUACUUAAAAGGUGUUAGAAGCAGCCCUGUGAAUUCGGGUGCUUUCGUUAGCAAGAUUAUGAAUUUGGACUUUCGAUCAUACGUUCGGUUUUUAAACUGGAUGCCUGAUGCUCUUAAGAUGCCAGAGCCUGAACUUAUUGAUCAUGCUGGUUUGGAUUCUGCUGUUUACUUGAGGAUUUACUUGAUUGGGCUUAAGAUCUUUGGUCCGAUUGCAUUACUUUCAUGGUCAAUUUUAGUACCUGUAAAUUGGACAAGUGAUGGAUUGCAGCUAGCAAAACUUCGUAAUGUAACAUCGAGUAAUAUCGAUAAGCUUUCGAUUUCGAAUGUCGAACGUGGAUCAGACAGGUUUUGGGCACAUCUUGUGAUGGCUUAUGCAUUCACAUUUUGGACUUGCUAUGUACUAAUGAAGGAAUAUGAGAAAAUUGCUGCAAUGCGGUUAUCUUUUCUCCAAUCAGAGAAGCGACGUGCUGAUCAAUUCACUGUUCUGGUUAGGAACGUACCACCGGACUCAGACGAGUCGAUUAGCGAAAACGUGCAGCAUUUCUUUCUUGUUAACCACCCAGACCAUUAUCUUACACAUCAGGUGGUGUACAAUGCAAAUGAAUUGGCUAAAUUGGUAGAAGACAAGAAGAAAAUGCAGAAUUGGUUAGAUUACUACCAGUUGAAGUAUACAAGAAACAAGGAACAACGGCCACGGGUAAAGAUGGGAUUUCUCGGGCUAUGGGGCAAAAAAGUAGAUGCAAUGGAUCAUUAUACAGCAGAGAUCGAGAAACUUAGCGAGCAAAUAAUGGAAGAAAGGAAGAGGAUAAAGAAAGAUGACAAAAGUGUAAUGCAAGCAGCUUUUGUGUCUUUUAAAACGCGUUGGGGCGCUGCGGUCUGCGCGCAGACACAACAGACGAAGAAUCCAACUGAAUGGUUAACCGAAUGGGCUCCUGAGGCAAGAGAAAUGUACUGGCCAAAUCUCGCAAUGCCUUACGUAUCUCUCACUGUAAGGAGAUUUGUAAUGCACAUCGCCUUCUUCUUCCUCACGUUCUUUUUCAUCAUCCCAAUCGCAUUUGUGCAAUCCUUAGCGAGUAUUGAAGGUAUCGAGAAAUCCGCUCCGUUCCUCAGUCCCAUUGUCAAAAACAAGUUAAUGAAAUCAUUGAUCCAAGGUUUUCUUCCCGGUAUUGUCUUGAAGCUCUUUUUGAUAUUCCUGCCAACAAUAUUGAUGAUCAUGUCGAAAUUCGAAGGGUUUAUUUCAAUAUCAUCGUUAGAGAGAAGAGCGGCUUUUCGAUACUAUAUUUUCAACCUUGUGAAUGUUUUCCUCGGUAGCGUAAUCACUGGAUCUGCUUUUGAACAGCUCGAUUCUUUUCUUAAACAAUCCGCAAACGACAUUCCGCGGACAGUUGGAGUCGCGAUACCGAUAAAAGCAACGUUCUUUAUAACGUAUAUAAUGGUAGACGGUUGGGCGGGUGUGGCGGGAGAAAUCUUUAGGCUGAAACCAUUAGUCAUUUUCCAUUUAAAGAACUUCUUCUUUGUGAAAACUGAAAAGGAUAGAGAAGAAGCUAUGGAUCCGGGACAGAUUGAUUUCUACGCUACCGAGCCUCGGAUUCAACUAUACUUCCUCCUUGGCCUUGUCUACGCUCCUGUCACUCCUGUUCUUCUUCCUUUCAUCAUCUUCUUCUUUGGUUUCGCCUACCUCGUCUUCCGUCAUCAGGUAAAAACAAAGGAAACAAACUCUCUUUUACUAUCAAACAACAAGGUAACAUUUGGUUUCUAUGCAGAUCAUAAAUGUGUACAAUCAGAAGUAUGAGAGUGCGGGUGCAUUCUGGCCAGACGUUCAUGGACGUAUAAUAUCGGCAUUGAUCAUCUCACAAAUCCUUUUGUUGGGAUUAAUGAGCACGAAAGGAAAAGUUCAGUCCACACCUUUCCUCCUCGUUCUAGCGAUUCUCACCUUCGGUUUUCAUCGGUUUUGCAAAGGCCGGUACGAAUCGGCAUUCGUCAUUAACCCGUUGCAGGAAGCUAUGAUUAAGGAUACAUUGGAACGAGCAAGAGAACCAAACUUGAAUCUUAAAGGGUUUCUUCAGAAUGCAUAUGUUCAUCCUGUUUUUAAAGACGAAGAAGAUUCAGAUGAAGAGGGACUAAUCGAGGAUUCAGAUGACGAAGAUUGUGUAGUUGUACAAACCAAACGUCAAAGAUCACGGAGAACCACCGUUGCGAGCAGCAAUGCGAGCCGUGGCUCGUCACAAUCAACGCCUUUUAAUCAACUUGAUUUGGGUAAGGGGAAACCGGAGACUUGAUGGUCCAUGAGUAAUUGACUUAACCGGAUUGGUUUGUCUACGUAGAGAUCUUUUUUUUUUAUCUUUUCUUUUGUUACGUGUGGUGAAAGGUUUUGUAUAUUUGUAUGAUUAUCAUUGUUUUGUUUGAGUUUGAUGUAAAAAAAAAGAGAGGUGAUUAAUGCAAUUUCAUAUUGCUUCGUUUUUUGCUAAAUCGGUUUUGUAAUUGUUGUUUAUGCUUAUGCAAUGAAUUGUAUCAUUCUUUCGUUAUAAAUUUGAGCUGG